AUGGCCCAACCUGCCGUCUUCCUUUGGGCUCUCGAUACUCGAAACCUGUGGCCCGAAGCUAAAGAAACCAAACAGCUUCCAGGAGUGGCCCAGCGCGCCCUCGCCCUCCUCAGCGACUCGGAGCAGGCCGCCGUCCUCAAAUACUACUUUGUCAAGGACGCCAAGCUGUCCCUCGCCUCGUCACUGCUCAAGCGCCUCGCCAUCUCGCGCUUCUGCCGCGUGCCCUGGGCGUCGGCCACGGCCGUGCGCGACGCCCGCACCAAGCCCGUCUUCAUCACGCCCGCCGGCGACGAGCCGCUGCUCUUCAACGUCACGCACCAGGCCGGCGUCGUGGUGCUCUUUGGCGCGUACCGGCCUCCCGCGGGCGUCGCCAUCGGCACGGACAUUGUGUGCGCCGGCGAGAGGCGCGAGCGCGACCUGAAGCACCUCGAGACGCAGGGCUGGCCGUCGUACAUCAGCCUGCACAGCGACGUGCUCUCGCCGGUCGAGGUGCAGCGGCUGCGCGGGCUGAGGAUCGCCGACCGCCAGAAGCUGCUCGACUACUUUUACGCGCUGUGGUGCCUGCGCGAGGCCUAUGUCAAGAUGACGGGCGAGGCGCUGCUUGCGCCGUGGCUGGCCGACCUGGAGAUGCGGUACUAUGCGCCCCCUGGGGAGAUUCCGCCCGAGGGCGCUGAGAGGCAGCUGGAGGUGUGGUUCAAGGGCGGGAAGGUAACUGACGUGGACGUCAAGCUGGACAGGGCCAUUGGGGACGAGUACAUGAUUAGCACGGUGGUGAGGAGGGGCGAGGGAGGUCGGGGGUUGGAUGUGCCGCCGCCGGAGAGUUUGGAUCUGGAGGAGACGUUGACGGCGGCGGAGGGAUUGUUGCAGGAGCUGGGACAGUGA